AUGGUUGAUUAUCAAGUUAAGGACCCCAAACUGUCUCAAUCGCUCUUCUGCACACAGAUUGGAAAGAAAGAGGGCCAGCUGGAAAGUAUUGUUCAAGACAUUGAAACCAUUGUUCGAUCUUAUGUUGAGAAGCAUUACACUAGCAAUUUCACCUGCCAAUCAAGAUAUGGCACCAUCUUUCUAGGAAGUGGAUCCAUCAGGAAGAUCAUAUUGGUUGCAACAUCCUUGGUGGGAAUUGUGAACUGUUCACAAGCUGAUAUAAAUAAAAAUAUUGAUAUGAUUGCUGCAACGUGGAAAGAAUGCAAAUACUUCACUAUAAGUCCUGAAUAUGGAACUUAGCUAGUGAAAUGGGUUCAAAGUACCUUGCCAAACUUCUCUCGUAGGUAUUACGUCUUUGAUUAACAAAAGCAUUUAUGAACUCAAAGCUGAGAUGGACAACCUUGGUAGGCCUAUUGCUGUUGAUGCAGGGAUUUCAAUGCAUAUCUCGGGAUUCAUUUCAUGUUGGGAGGUAUGGAGUUUUCCAAAAUAACAAUUAAAGAAUGUGUUUACCAAGACGGAGAGAAG